AUAUUGAACAUGAACAGAAGUGGAAGAUAACGGAGGCACGGCUUUGGUUUUGCUAUUUGAUGCUUGCUUAUCUAUUUACAUCAAGAGAUCUAGCGUCAUUAUUUUGAAGUAUACAAAUACAGGUCAGUGUUACGGUUUGUCAGUUUUCUCAUCAAAUAUGGAAUCUUGGAGAGCUAUUGGAAUGACAUAUCUGGACUAUUCCAGCAUUGCUGCCAGAAAUUUAAGGAAAGCUUUAAAAAAUCGAUCCAGAGAAGACGUAAAAAGGAGAGAUGUACCGGUGGUGAAAAUAACCCCAUAUAAAAAUGGAGAACCAGAUCGCGAAAAAACGUUUUAACGAUGCGGCGGACACAUUUUAAUCUACCUAGCUGUGUACGGCUUGAGAAUGUGCAUAAAAAGCUAA